AUGAUCAACUCACGCGCGGGGCUUUCCCGGCCGCUGGUCUCGCUUUUGAUAUCUCUUUCUUUGUUGGUUGCAAGCGUUAGCGGCUACCCAGCGGCCUCUCCUGCAAGUGAUAUUUUGGAAAGAGACAACCAUAAGCCGUUCAAAUUGAAAGUAUGGCCGCUGGGCGCCUCUAUCACCUGGGGUCAACACUCUCAAUCUGGUAAUGGCUAUCGCAAGCCUCUUCGGGACGAACUGGUGUCUGAUGGCUGGGACGUGGAUAUGGUGGGCACCAAGAAAAAUGGAAACAUGACUGAUAAUAACGUCGAGGGCUACCCUGGAUAUACCAUCGCCAAGGUCCAAACCGCCGCCAUCGAGGCUCUCCCACAUCUCCCAGACAAGCCGAAUGUAGUCCUCAUCAACGCCGGAACAAACGACUGCAGAUUGAACCUCGACAUCACCGGUGCAGGCGAUCGCAUGCAAAAAAUGAUUGAAGCCAUCCUGAAAGAGAAGACCAUGGAAAAAGCAACAAUCAUCUUAUCAACACUCAUCCCCUCGAACCAAAAAGAAAUCAAAGCCCACCGAGACGCUGUGAACGAGCAAUAUCGCAAAGUAGUGACCACCAUGAGCAAGAAAGGCACUUCGAUCCGGUUGGCGGAGAUGGAGAAGGCGCUUACUUGGCCCGAGGAUUACACUGUUGAUGGUAAAUCGGAUGAUACUCAUCCGAGUGAUGCUGGCUAUGCGAAGAUGGCUAAGGUUUGGUUUGAGGCUAUUAAGGAUGCGUACCAUGAUGGUGUUAUCAAAGGGAUUACUACUACCGUGAAAUCACCUCCAGGUGAGACUGUAACAGAGGUCAUUACUGUGGAGUCGGCUGUUGUAGUCGGGCCUGAUGUGGAGGUUGAGGUGGAAGUGGUGACGGAGACUAUUACUGUCUCUGAGGUGUGA